AGCCGGAGAGUUCAGUUCAGUUUGGAGUUGCAUUUCCAACGGACGCAGACGCGUUUAGUCAGUCGGUAAAGGCAUUCCGCCUAAAAUCGCUACCCCUCAUUCAACCAACCGAGCUCUGCAGCAGUGUGUGACUGGUGUGAACUACGUGACUUUCGACAUAUUUACACGCACCUCUUGAAAGCAGGCACGAAAUUCACAUUGCAUUCACCUCCCAGUUGUGUGUUGGUGCACACGCGCGAUAAUUUCUUUUGGAACCGAACCGAUUGUGCGAUAAUUAUUUUCAAUUGAUUAGCAACUGUUGCCAAGAUGCCACGACCGGUAAAAUUUUUCUACGAUCUCCUGUCAACACACUCCCGUGCCCUCUACAUGUUCUUCGAGGCUACCAAGAUCCCGUACGAUCCGAUUCCGGUUUGCGCAACCAAAGGAGAACAUCUGACCGAUGAGUACAAGCAAUGCGUCAACCGGUUCCAGCAGGUACCGAGCAUCAUCGACGACGGGUUCAAGCUGUCCAAUGGCGUCACCAUCCUCAAGUACUUGAUCAGAGAGAAACUAAUCCCGGAACACUGGUACCCGCGAGACAAUCAAGUGCGAGCGAAAAUCGAUGAAUACCUCGAGUGGCAGCACGACAACAGUUCAAAGGUGUUCAAUGCAUACGUACAGGAAAAGUGGACUCUCAAAAACGCGGAAGAUGACCGCUCGAGUGUCGAGAAAGUCGAAGAGUAUCGUCGCCAGGUCGAGCAAAAUCUGAACCAGCUGGAGCGUGAAUGGCUCGUCCCCGGGCGGUUCAUCAUUGGCGAUCGGAUCACGAUUGCCGACAUUCUGGCCGCUUGCGAGAUCGAGCAGCCCAAGAUUGUCGGAAUGGAUCCGUUCCAGGGUCGUCCCAAGCUGGCGGCCUGGGUCGAGAAGGUGCGAUACACGAUGACGCCCUACUACCAAGAAGCCCAUCAGGACUUUUACAAGUUUACUGAGAAGGCGGCACUAAAGAACUGAAUGUAUAAAUAUGGACUUGAUGAGUUGAGAGUGGUUUGCCGGCGACCAAGGUCGUCACUUUGUAAUAUUUUAGACUUCUAGAUGUAUUAUAUACAUUUGUGUAUUUAGUAUUAACCGGUUAAGUUUUCUAUUCUAUAAGUAGAUUUAAGAUUAUGUCAAUAAAAUGGAAAUGACUCGUUUGCCUA